GUAGUGUGCGUGACAUCACGUCCGGUUCCUCAUCCGAGCAGAAGGCGACUUCAGCAUGGCUGACACCGGUCUUUUAGAGUCUUUAUUGCGGCUAGUGGAGGCGUCAGACUCCGGGAUUGACAGUCAGGAUGCCGCAGCGAAUCUCAGUCUCGAUCAUCAGCUGAUCGUCGGAGCUGUGAAGAGUCUGCAGGCUUUAGGAGAGGUGAUCACAGCAGAACAGAGAUCCUCCAAACACUGGGAGCUGACAGGAGAGGGCUCUGAGAUUGCCGAACAGGGCAGUCAUGAAGCCCGAGUCUUCAAUGCCAUCCCCGCUGAGGGUCUGCCACAGAAUGAACUCAUGAAAAUGCCAAGCGGGAAGGUUGGAUUCAGCAAGGCCAUGUCUAACAAAUGGAUCCGUUUGGAUAAAGGUCAUGAGGGAGGACCCAGAAUCUUUAGAACCGUGGAAACCAUUGAAGACACAGUGAGGGGGAAACUGCAGCUGGUGCAGAAGGGACAAUCCUCAAAACUGGAAGAGAAAGAAAAGAAUGAACUGAAGAAACGAAAACUGCUUGCUGAAGUGACGGUUAAGUCAUACUUGAUAGCUAAAGGAAGCAACUUCAGUACCACCAUUACAAAAGCAGAGACAGAACUCACUCCAGAGAUGAUCGCCAGUGGAAGCUGGAAGGAGAAGAAAUUUAAGCCUUAUAAUUUUGAAGCAAUGGGCGUGGCUUUAGACUGCGGUCACCUGCAUCCGCUCUUGAAGGUCCGGACGCAGUUCAGACAGAUCUUCCUCGAGAUGGGGUUCACAGAAAUGCCCACUAAUAACUAUAUCGAGAGCUCCUUCUGGAACUUUGAUUCCCUGUUUCAGCCCCAGCAGCAUCCAGCGAGAGACCAACACGACACCUUUUUCCUUUCUGAUCCAGCACUGGCUCAUGAGUUUCCUCAGGACUAUCUGGAAAGAGUAAAGAAGGUUCAUUCUGAAGGUGGUUACGGAUCACAAGGGUACAAGUAUGAUUGGAAAAUUGAAGAGGCUCAGAAAAACAUCCUUCGAACACACACCACAGCGGUCAGCGCUCGGAUGCUGUAUAAACUCGCACAGCAGGAGAAGUUUACACCAGUGAAGUACUUUUCCAUCGAUAGAGUUUUCCGUAACGAAACGCUGGAUGCGACUCACCUGGCAGAGUUUCAUCAGAUCGAGGGCGUGGUGGCCGACUAUGGUCUGACCCUGGGUGACCUCAUGGGCAUUCUGCACCAGUUCUUUACCAAACUAGGAAUUACAAAAUUACGCUUCAAGCCUGCUUACAAUCCUUACACUGAACCUAGCAUGGAGGUUUUUAGCUAUCAUGAAGGUUUAAAGAAGUGGGUUGAGGUGGGGAACUCUGGGGUCUUCAGGCCGGAAAUGCUGUUGCCAAUGGGUUUGCCGGAGGGUGUGUCUGUCAUCGCCUGGGGUCUGUCCUUAGAGAGGCCUACCAUGAUCAAGUAUGGCAUCAACAACAUCCGGGAGCUCGUGGGGCACAAAGUCAACCUACAGAUGGUUUACGACAGCCCUAUAUGUCGACUGGACUCUUAAACUAUACGCACUCGUCUGUCUACGCAGGAUUACUCAUUCACAAAAGCUUGUCGAAAUACGCAAUGCAUAUGGAUUCAUUGAUAGUCUUGAUGGCACUCCAUUGUUACCAAGUCACCCUGAUUUACACUCUUCUCCUCGGACAUUGAGUUUGAAAGGAUUGUGUUGGAUAGGACGACAUCAAAGUUGUAGGGGAUUCGAGUAACGUGAAAAAAAACGAUUCACUUGUUUGCAUGCUAAAUCUGACAACCUACAGAUAUUGUGUACCACUCAAUACCAAAUACAGAAAUCCCCAGAGAAUUGGUUAAUUUGUAUAUUUCUAAUGUCAACUGUAUCAUAUUUGAUGAUUUUAAAUAAUGUGAUUAGUCAGAUACGCCCGUUUAUCAUCAGAGCUUCGUUUAAAGAGCCACACAGAUUUGUCCCACAGCCUGUAAUACAAUAAAACCUAUUGAAGUCCUCUACUAUAGAAAUGCUAAAUUAAAAUCAUUUCAAGUCAC